AUGGCGUCCACGCUCGCGCCGCGGGCCAACAUGGGGGUCGACCCCACGCGCAGUCGCGAUAUCAUGGACGACAUGGUCAACGUGGUGCGCAUCGCGCGCGCGACCCCCUCGCGCGCCGCGUCGCGUCCCGUCAUUUCGAAUUCGGAAGAUUCGUUGGUCCCCCCCUCCCUGCGUCGAAAAUCCGCUGACCCCCCGUCCCCGUCGCUCGCGUCGCAGGUGGAGACGUACGUCGCCGACGGGUUCGACUCGUUCGAAGAGGUCUUAAACCAAGAGCUCCCCGCGGACGAAGAGCGCGACGCCGCGCUGAAGCGAGGCCUGGACGCGAUGUACCGAUCCGCGCAGGACAAGAUCGCGACCCACUUCGGUCGGUUCGCGGAGGGCGCGGGCGCGGACAUCUUCGCCGUCCCGAACGAACUUCUGAACGCGCGCGACCUCGCGGAGGACCUCCCGUCGUGCUCCGCGGAGGAGGAAGCCGCGAUCGACGACGAUCUGCGGAUGAUUCGGAAGCGCUUAGCGCACUUUGAGGCGCUGAAGAUGCACUGCGAUAAGCAGAGCGAGUUGCUCGACGCCGAGCUCGAGGAUUUCGCCGUCGUCGCGAAGCAGCUGAAGGAGGGCAAGGAGAACGCGGGGAAGACCCUGGGCGGGGAUAAGGAGAACGCAAACGCGUGCGCGGCGAUCGUCUACGCCGCGCGGCAGCUGCAGCCGCUGUUAGAGCAAGCGGAGGCGAUGCAACGGAAAGGGAACGUGUUCAGCGCGGACGGGUUCAGGAUCGGAGACGUCUCGAAGACCGCGGACCCGGUCGUCAUGGCGAAGAGCACGCUGCGCGCGCACUUCGUGAAGGGGGGCUCGCUGGAGGUUUUGAAGAGCAUCAACGCGCGGUUGAACGCGCAGAAGGCGGCGACGAUGCAGGCGGCGGCGGCGGCCGCGGCCGCGGGCGGGGAAGCGGCGGCGAUGGUGACGGAAUGA